AUGUUCGCGCGGCCCGAGGGCGUCGUGCUUGACCCCGAGGUCGAGAAGCUUUUCUCGAAAUGCGUGAAGCUGAACCCGAUUGUGACGAAAGCCACGAAGAGGUUCCCGAUCGCUCGUCACAUGUACGAGCUUGUAUUCGAAUCCGAGCAAGCUUGUCUUGAAGCCGCUUCAGCGGGCCCAUUCCCCUACCACGGCAAGGAGAUGGUUACCGAGCUCCCCAGCGCCUCUCCCCUUAACCACGUCGUGCAGGUGCGAUUCACCUUGCCCUCCUCCUCCAGCGCGAUCCCCGCUUCCGUGCUCCGAAAAUCUCUCGAUGAUGCUAUCACCCUUUCGUUCGGCCGCGCAGGUCGCACGCAAGGUUAUACCCUGAUGCAAUUACAGCGGGGCCUCGCGGUCGAUCCGAAUGGCGAUCCGAUGGCCAUGACCGAAGACGGGUUCCACUGCGCGUACCUUCGCUUACAUGCUGAUCUUUUCCAAGGCUCCAUCGAGACGCAGAAGGCCGCGCUCAACGCCGCUUUGCCACAAGAGAUCGAGAUCCUGGGCGCCAAGUACGGCUUGCGACACGAAUUCGAGACGCACUACUGCGCGGUGUGCGAUCGCGCCGGACACCAGUGGGGCGCUUGCAGGAAGCCGGUUUCGACUCCGGCCACCGCCGCCCCUGUUCCGGGGGCCUCGACCUCGACUUCGACUUCGACCACCGGCUUCCGAGUUGCUGGAAAGAAUGGGAAGCACGGUGGGCCUGCCGCAUUGAACUCUCGUGUCUCUGGCGCGAACAUGAUCCAGCUGGGACCUCGUGCUAACCCCGCAGGUGCAGUAACCGCCAACAAGGACGACGCGAACGACGGCGACGACGAGUCGAUCGUUUCGACCGAACCGGAGGGCGGCGACACUGGGGAAGAGACGUCGACGCGUGCGACCCUGGGCUCAACAAAGGAGACGCAGACGACGACGGCGGCGCCCGUUUCGACCCCGACCUCUCCUUCGCCUUUGUCCGGUGGCACGUCGGGAUCAUCGGCAACCUCGACAACCUCGAUAGCCUCGACGAGUCCUCGACGCCUUCAUUCGAGCUCGGCACCCGGCAACCGACGUGUCACCCGGGCAGGAUCCGCCAUGAUCCUCGGUGCAUCAGGGGGUGAUGGCUCAGGGCGCAACAGUUCAGGGGGUCACAGGUCCGAGGUGACCGAAUUCGAGGGGGGCGGCGCUGAACUGAUUUAAUCAUGAUUGAGUCACUCACCGUGUUGACGUUCAACGUCCGAUUGAUGAAGAACGCAGUCAACCAAGUCAAAAUCAUCCGUUAUCUCAAAACCCUUCGGCCGGCCCCUGCGGCCAUCCUCCUGCAAGAGCACCACCUCAGCUACAACGCGUCGCGCGAAGGCUUCGAGAGUGCUUGGCCGGGGGCUUGUAUUCGUUUCACUCCUCAUGUCCUUACCCUCAUACCCGAUGGCUCACCUUUGGCGGGCCAUCUCCUUUCCUCUACCCCGGUCGUCUUUGCAGGAGCUCCUCGUUAUGAAGGAACAAUAUACCACUGCACCAAAAGGCGAGGCACCUCUACUUCAGUGAGCGCAUAUUGUCCUAGAAGUGAGAUGGAGCGAAGUUCAACACCCCCCUGUGCGCGAAGCUGAAGAGCUUGUGGCAGUGGGUGCGGCUGUGAGGCAACUGGGCAUGUUGAUCAGGUCGCUUGGGCAAGUGCAGCUUGGGCACUGUGAGCACUGUCGAUGCGCCAGGGUGCUUGGCACGCCGCUGGGCAAGUGCGGGGGCCGGGACGCUGAGUGUAUGCGCGCAAAAUUGCCUGACCCCAGGGGGGAUUGAACUCAUGACCUGCUGGUUGCUCUGGGCUCAUAACCUAUGAAGGAACAAUAUACCACUGCACCAAAAGGCGAGGCACCUCUACUUCAGUGAGCGCAUAUUGUCCUAGAAGUGAGAUGGAGCGAAGUUCAACACUCGUUUCGACGGUCGGAUUCUGCGCUCGGUGUUUCGUCUUGAGGAGCUCGAUGUCGAGAUCAUCAACAUGUACGCGCCGGUGCAGGAGGACGAUCGUCGCGACUUUUUCGGGCUUCUGCACUUCAACGCCCCGAGACCCAAGACUCUUCGGAUCUUGGCCGGCGAUCUCAACGAUUGUCCGGAUGUAUCGGUCGACCGAGUGUCCAUCACCGAUCGCGCUUGGACUCCUGUAUCGCACUGGCAGACCUUGCUGUCAAAGAUCGCGUUCAAGGCACUCGACACGGUCCGACAUGUCCAUCCUUGUACCCCUGCAUUCACUCGUCCUCACUACCGUGGUAGAGGGGAAGAGCGAAAGAUUUGCUCGUGGUCGCGGAUCGACUAUAUUCUUGUCCAAUGCAGUUGGGCGAACCGGUUGUUGAGCGCUUCUACGCUCUUCGAUGCGCCCUGUUCGGACCACAGACCUGUAGUUGCGACUUUCGCUUUGCCUACAUCGAACGCUGAUGCCGAACCCCCCCUUUCUCUUCCCUCCACGAGCGAUUUCAUUUCGAGGCUCAACCCAAUGGUCUUUGACGAUCAAGACUUUGUCGCAUCGAUUCCCGGGGUCGUCGACGAGGUCUAUCGAAGGCUCGAGGGGACCGCUCCGCUCGGCGACGUCUAUGACGCCGCUCUGCGGGCGGUUGCAGUCGCUGGCCAUGCACGAUACCGCUCGACUCGUGCCGACAUGCGCCGACUGCGGGCCGAGAGCCAAUCCGUCAUGGAGGCUUUGGAGGCACGCGGUGAGCACAUGAAUGAGGCCGAGCGCGAUGCGUAUGCUCUUGCCAAGUCGCGGUUGGACCAGUUGGCGGUAAAGGAGGCUCAGUGGCUGCGCAUUCGUGCGCAUGUGCCGUCAGUCGACUCGAGGGAAGGUCAAUCGGCAAGCAUUCGCACGCGCCUCAACCGCCGGAGUCGCCAGACGAGCAUCGUCUCGCUGGAGGAUGUGGAUGGCACCGAGACCGUUGACAUGCAGGAGGCGCUGGGUAUUGCUUCACGGCACGCGCAGUCGCUCUUCACGCCGGACCCAGCUCGUGGCGACCCGACGAACGCACGCCGGUCCCUGCUCGACCCUAUUCGCGCAGCGAAAUGCUACGAUGACGACCGCUCGGACCCUACGUUCGGUCGUCGGCUGCCUCGUCAAGCGAGAGUGGCGCUUGACGAGCCCUUCACCCUCCUCGAGGUUGAAGCGGCGUUGAAGAAGACGGAUUCGGGGCGAUCACCGGGGCCCUCGGGCAUUCCGUACGAGCUCUUCAAGGCGCUGCCAACCUACUUUGCUCCCAAGCUGUUGGACUUGUUCAACUCGAUUUGGGAGGGCGGCAAAAUGACGGCGUCCUUGGCAGAGGGACUGGUGCGGCUCUUGCCCAAGAAUAAACCGGGGGCCAAUCUGAAAUCACUGGGGGCAUACCGACCGAUCACAUUGCGCGAGACGACCUACAAGGUCCUCAGCAAGGUCUUGGUGGCGCGACUCAAUGGGGUGCUCGGCGAGCUUUUACCGCCGGCGCAACACGGUUUCAUGCCAUCAAGACGUUCAGCGGACGCGGGAAGUCAUCUCACUCUCCUUCUCGAAAAACUCAAGUCGCUAGGCACUGAUGUUUUCCCCGAGGGCGCCCUCUUGUCUUUGGAUCAGCAGAGCGCGUACGAUCGGGUCGAUCACGCCUGGAUCUUCGAGGUCUUUGAGGCCUUUGGGUUCGGUGAGCGUUUCAUCUCGCUGCUGCGCGCUCUCUACGAUCCCGAGACUCUGGGGGUGCGCUACCUUGUCAAUGGGUUCCCCACGGACUUGGUGCGGUUGCUGUGUGGUCUCGGUCAGGGGGAUCCCCUCUCGUGCCCGGUUUGGAACAUCACGUUCCAGCCCUUCCUCGACGCCCUCGUUCGGCGCGGGAUCGCGCUCGACCUGCAGAAGGUGUGGCCAGGGGGGCCGCGUGCGCAGCUUACGCAUCUGGCGUUUGCCGACGAUGCUGUGGUGGUGGUGGAGUCACCGGCGGCAUUGUCGAAGCUGCAAACGCUGUCGCAGACGUGGUACGAGGCUACCAACGGGAAGACCAACACGGACAAGACGCUGGUGCUACCACUCGGACCGAACUGGCUUCGGGACGAGACUGUGCAGGCGCUGCCAACGGUGCAGGAGGGGGAGAGCUUCAAGUGGUGCGGCUAUGCCUUCUUUCGCCACGGUGACUCGAAACUGUUCUGGACCCAUGUUCUUGACAGGAUCAAGGCCAAGGCCCGCGCCGCUCGAGACCGGACACUUUCGCCGAGUGGGAAGGUUUUCUAUGCCAACGCUCACAUCAUCUCGACGGUCCUCCACGUGCUGUCCUUCGACAUACCGCCUCAAUGGUUCAUUAAGGCGGCGGAGACGGCACUUACGGACUUUGUCUGGGGAGGAGCAGGGCGAAAUACCGUCGCUCGCGAUUUUGUGUUCCAGGCUCGGGAGGACGGUGGCUUGGGUUUGAUUUCGAUUGGCGACAUCGUUCAUUCGGUGGCGCUUCGAUUUUGGGAUGCUGUGGCGGGCUCGGACGAGGCGAUCUGGGCGCCCCUAGCUCGCGAGAGCUGGAGGUGCCUCGUCGCUGCGACCCGCGAUUUCAGUCCGUGGGGGUUCUUCAGCAGCACGGCUCGGGUCGAGAAGCUGUAUCGCGACUCGACGCGCUGGGGGGCAGUCGUUGCAGCGGCCAGGGUCACAGUUCCAACCAUCAAGUCCGAACUCCUUACGCUUCCCGAAUUGCUCUCGCUUCCGCCUCGCCUCCCUUCACUCUAUGCUGAAGGUGCCCAGCACGCAUAUGACGAUGCGGACGCGGUGGCGAAGUUUGCGCAGAUCGCGGACCUGUACUGGAGGGACGAAGGGAAGGGAUGGGCUCUGGUUGGUCAUCGACGCGGGUUCUGGCAGCACUCUAAGGAACCCGCCCUACAGCACGAGCACGUGUGGUCGCGCGUGGGUCAGUUGCUCAAGGCGAAAGCGUUGCUGCCCAAGACCGCGUUGCGACCUGCUCGGAUACCUCUCAAGGAGGCUCCCCGUCCUCGGUGCUUCAACUUCUUUGGGCUCUCCCGACCUUUUACGAUUCGCAAGCUUCGUCGGCUUGUGAACAAGGUGCGGUUCCCAGGGAGGGAGGACCGUGUCAAGCGUUUCCCUGAUGGGACUUCUCAGAGCGAUAGGAAGCGCUUCUGGAGAUGGCUUCGUGACCGGUUCGCGUCUGCUGUCGAGCAGGACACCCACUGGCGGCUCAUGUACGACGUGACGCCGACGCGCAAGAGGCAGCAUACUCAGGGUCAUGCCUCUUCGCCGACGUGUCUGUUCUGUGGCAACGAUGCAGCGGUCAUCGAGACGGUGUCCCACUACUUUUUCGAGUGCGCGUACUCGACCAGCUUCUGGGGUGGGGUGCUACGCAUUCUGCUUGACAAGCUCGGCAUCGAGGAUACCGACGUCGAUCCGUCGACGUUCACUCCGGAGCAGCUGACUAUGGGGCUCCCCCUUUUGCGGGGUCGUGGGAGAACGACCUCGAAAUGGAUGUGGGUUCGGCUGGCCUGCGCGAUCGGCUUCCAGCGGCUGCACCUGCUCCGCUGGCGCGUUCAUCAGCGGUUCGAGCUGGACAACGUCGUGGCCCCUCCCUCGCUUCCCAGUGCGCUCAGAGCGUUCGAGCGAGAUUUUCUCUCUCGAGCGGGUUUUGUGCCUGGGGUUCGAGAUUGGGAGGUGUGAUGACCGAGUUAAGUCCUUCCUUCCCAUUUUCCUCCCUUCCUUUCCGGUCAGAAGCUGACUGUCUUGAAACUUGUUGCGCAGUGGAAGGCUGCGCACCUCUCCCUCUCUCUACUUUGUGCAGUAGCGGUUUUCGUUCUUGGAUGGAUCGGCAAGCCGGUCGAUCGUCGUUGCGUUGGAGGCUUUGUGAAGUUCUCCCCUCUCUUUCCCCUUUCUCCCUUCCCUUCCUCUUCUCGUUCCUGUUGCUCGGUUGUUGACUACGCUUCAGCCACUUCUCCUUUUAUUCCUAAGCCGUGUGUUGGAUUCCGUCGAAUAGAUCGUUCGUUCGCGUUGGUCAAGAUCUACGGCAUGGAUCGGGAAGAAAGGUCGCUCGUUUUUUUGGUCAAUAUCCUCGCGUCAAGGCGAGGCUCGUUUCGUUGUAUUGGAUCGUUUUCGCUCGGCCCCGACGGCUCAACAGCCAGCACUCGAGACUCAGCCAAGGGAGGACAUCAGGCGCUGUCGGGGUGACGAGUAG